AUGAGAUCGGUGCCAUUUGAGGCGCUGAUCUGUAACAAUACAGGCAGUGUUGUCGGCCUUAGGGCCUGUGCUUCCACAGAGGAGGGGCUGGAGAAGCGGCGGCAAGUGGAGCGGGCCUUUAGAGAGGCUUGCGGAGCCGAAAGUGGCUGCUCCCCCCCACGGGAAAGGGGGGCAAAAGGUAAGGGGAGAGCCUACAGGCCUCCACAAAAACACCCUCCCCCGGCGCCUGGCUCCUCGGAUGAGGAGGAGGCACCACCAUGGGCUGCCAUCCUAGCGCGCCUUGAGGCUUUAGAGCAGCGGGGAAGGGUGAUACCAACCCCUGCUCCCAGUUCUCCACUGACUGCUUCAAGGGAAGCUGCCAUUCCUGGGACUUCCACUGGGGGGGUUACCAGGCCAAAGAGAGCUAAAGCUAAGGCUCAAGGUGGCACAAAUACGGGUCAGCAGCAAGGGUCUAACCAUUAUGUCCUUGCUUUGGUUUUAGUGAGGCUUGAGGCUCUUGAAACCCCUCCUGAUUCCACACAGAUAGUGAGCGAUGGGCCAGUGGGUCCUCCUGCACCAACAGCAGCAGCGGGGGCUGGAAGUGAGGUGGCUACACCCCAGGCUGGUGUGAUAUCAUCUGUGACUGGGCCGCUGGUGGGAGCAGCUGUCCUGGAAGUGCAUUCUAAAGAUAUCAACAGAAGAGGGAUUUCUAUUCCGAGGAAUGUUAUAUUGUCUGGGACUAUUCUCUUUUUGGUCUAUUUUAUUUCGACGAAUCUGCUUCUUCACGACGCCACUAACUGUUUUGAUGCUGGGAACCAAAUUUGUUUUGUAUUCUUGAACAUAGAGAGAUAAGGCAGGCUGCUCUGUUUAUAUUGUGAUGUCAUCAAGCCUGGAAUAUUAACCCAAUUGUUGCUGAAAUAAGAAGUGGUUCUUCUUUACUUCUGUUUUGCUUUGUUUUUGUGGUUUUAAAAAUGGCAAUCAAGAAAGUGGCUGAGAAUCUGGAAGUAAUUAUGUUUCAGAAAAUAAUGGAUGAGAUUGAGAUAACGAAACAAACCCUGCGACAGGGCAGUAAGGAGCUGAAAAUUGAACUGAGCAAAAUGACGCAGGAGCUUAAAGAAAUAGGGGAUCCUGUGAGAGAGGAGAAUGAGAUCAGAGAUGAGAAAAGAAAAAAUAAAGGGAAGAUACAAGCCCUGGAGAUUGGAACAAAUGUGGAAUUGGAAAAAGAUCUGGAGUUUAUGGAUAUUAGAAAUAAAAUCUACUGUUUGGAAUUUAACGUUAUCUCUGAAGAAAUUAAUGAAGAUAUUAGAGAUAAAGU